AUGGCGGAGCGACGACAGCCGCGGGUGCUGGGCGCCAAGCGAACGGCGUCGGAUGCCCUGGGCACAGGCGUCAUGGGGGACGAGGAGCUUGCCGCGGUGAUCAAGCGGGUUGUGGCCGGCACCGUGGACGACGGCGUUACGCUGGGGCAGCUGGAGCGUGCGCUGGCCUUCUACGCAAGCCACAACAGCGAGUACACGAGACCCGGGGAGGAUGACAUCAACGUCCUCACGUCGGAGAUUCUAAACAACUCCAUUCGCGCCGUCAUGCUCUUCAGCGACUUUUCCGCCGCAUUCACCGAUGUCGAGGUGUACUCCAUCUCUGUUGCGAUGCAGUACAACCUGUCACUAGAGGCACUGACGAUAAAUGGGGUGAACGUGAGUGACGAGGCAAUUUCUAUGCUGUGCGAGGCGCUCGUUCAGUCACGGGUAAGUUUUAUUGAUCUCUCCAACACCCCGUUAGAGGAUGAGGCAGGGCGUUCCCUGGCGGCUUUGGCGCACGUCAACCCAUACGUGCGCACCAUUGUUCUCGAUGACACGCUCAUAGCCGAGGAGGUGUUGGAUGAAAUAGACGUGGCCUGUCAGUUCAAUCAAAGCAAUUUUGAGGCGAACGCCGGUGCGGUGGAAAUCGCAAAACCUGCGGAGUUGGCGCGGCUGCGACACCGUCUGCAGCACAUCAUUCGGGCCAAGCAUAAGAAGACGUAUUACUGCGUUGCCCAUUUGUUGGGGAUGUGCCCUAACGGGGACCUCUGCCUGUACUCCCACACACUCAUGACAACAGGCGCGCCGGACGCCAAUGCCAAUCUUCACGAGCGUCUUGCGGAUCUCUUUGCAACGGGUGGAAACUGGCAGGACAAGCUUCCGUCGCCACCGCAAGCAGGGGCAUCCUGGAAGGAUCCGAGUGAGGGGCAGGGCCAGACACUGCGGCUGAAUCUGGCGAGGUGCAAGGCUGUGGGGUCAAGAGGGACGGCAAAGGGGAAGGGGGUGCGCCACCAGACGGAUGGCUGGCGGCGGUCAUAUCGAGCUGUGGGUGCAACCGUCGCACUGGCGGCGGCGGCGGCGCUUGUCGCAGCUCUCUGGUCCGCCAGGCGAAGAUGA